AUGCCGACAGAGACACUGGCUCCAGCCCUGCCAGAUAGCAAGGCCGCUGGCCCUGCAACGGCCUUCAGUUCCGCCGUACCCCUCCGCAUCCUCAACAAGGGCCCCGACUACUUCAGGAGACAGGUGGAACCCAACCCAAAGCGCCUCAGUGCUGUUGAGAGACUAGAAGCUGACAAGGCCAAGUAUGUCAAGAGCCAGGAAGUUAUCAACGCCAAGCAGGAGCCAAUCAAGCCACCCGUUCUGGCUAAGCCCCCCGUCGGUCACACCCUCCUGUCCAAGAGAGGCUCUGGGAUUGGUGGAGGAGGAAAUGGAGGCGGGAUACCUUUCAAAGCAUCCAAUAACAAUGCCAAGUCAGACACAUGUGCAACAAGCAGCGGCAGCAGCAAACGGGGGAAUUUAAACCUGGAGAUCCUUAAAAAUCUGCUUAACUCAUCAUCCUCUUCAGGAGCAGGAUCUGAAGGACUAGGGGGUGGAGCUAAGAGUGCUGUGUUGAUGAGGUCAUCAGGGGGAAUGGCCAGGAGUUGGACACCAUCGGGGAUGCCGUUAACCUACCGAUCUACAAUGACACUUAAUGAGCAACCACCAGACUCAGCUCCCAGUCCAAGCACCUCACACUCCCUCCGAUCCUUCUCCCAUUCCCUGAAGGUCCCUCCGAUCAACAGCGGGGGACGUCGCAGUCCACUACAGGGAGGAAACCUCAACCUUAGCAGACGAGGUGAAGGAAUUAUAGAUCGUUCUCGCUCCCCACUACCACCUCUACUCACCUCCCACUCCUCCUCCGACCUCCUGCGACUGUGCAAUGGCAAGCCACUUCGCACGGCCCGGUCCAGCAGCUCCUCAGCUCCGCCUCUUCCUCCAAAACCCAACCCUGCCAACCUCCCUCCCCCAGCUCUCUCCUUGUCAUUGCCUCCCCCUCGUCCAACUCCAUCCCCCUCGCUCUGCGACAACACUCAGUCGCUACCUUGUGAUUUUGGAGAUACUUUAACGGAUGCCAACCCGGAGCUUGAGCUCGGGUCAUCCGUGGCUCGUCGCUCCUCACUACACCGAUCUAAAUCAGACCUGUCAGACCGGUACGCCCGGGCUGGAGCUGACGUGGAACGCUUUUUUAACUACUGCGGCCUCGACCCAGAGGAGCUGGAAGCAGUUGGUCCAGAGAACUUCGCAAGGGCCAACUCAGACAUUGUCAGUCUGAACUUCCGAUCAGCUUCUAUGAUCUCCUCAGACUGCGAUCGGUCGCGCCGAUCUUCAAACGAUGGGCUGUCGGACGGGGAAGAGGACGAGGCUGAGGAGGCUGGGGAGCGUGUUCCAUACGGCAUCUCGGCUGUGGAGCGAAACGCAAGAGUCAUUAAGUGGCUGUACAGCAUCAAACAGGCAAGAGAGACACAAAAGGUCUCGCAUGUUUAGGUCAAGCACUACAGUGGAUUGGAUGUACUUUAAACUAUAGAGAAACUGCCUCAUGAUUCAGAAGGGAUAGAUGGACUGGAAUCUCUCACAGGUUUAGAGACUGUGAACUUGGUACUGAACUGAAAGUGUAGAUGGAUGAAUGAAUGGAUGCAAGAGAAAGCUUGGAACAAACCGGGGAAGAAAAUGAAUUAAGAGAUGAGAAAAAGGACUCCAGUCCACUUAUGUUUAGAACAACAUGAACACUGUGACCAGGAAGGAAUAACACUUGGACAGUUAUAUGAACAAACUGUCCGGUCUGGAGAGACAAACAAC